AUGUUCCAGAUCAUAUUGUGUUUUUUCCCUAUUCAUUUCCCACUUUUGUUUCUGCUUUUACUGUUUCUUUUAGGAAUUUCAAGUGCUGUUUACAAACAAUGGAUUCCAAACACCAACUUUGAAUCUAUCUCCAAUUGGGACCAAGGCCAUGUUCCAUGUGCCCGGGAUGUUAUCUUGUUUGACAGCAAUGAGGUUGUGUCAGUCUUUGUUCAGUCAUCACAUUCAUUGACAAAUAUGUACAUGCCACUGAAUGGAGAAUUCAUUAUGGCCCCAGGUGCUGGGUUUGCAGCCUUCGAUGGCAGCUCCGAUCCCGGAUGUGAGACAGCUUCAAGAGUCACAUUCACCACGGCACAGAAUUACCAAUGGUAUGACCCCACACUGUGGCAUGGUGCAACCUCCUUGGAAAACCUUGAUCAGGAGAAAUACGUCUUCUCUGUAGAUGAAGAACGUGUCCCAUGCCAGUACGACGAUGUUAUUUUUCCACCUGAGACGUCCUUCCGAGUGAACAUUGCAUCGUCUGAGCAGAUGAUACGGCUUAGGAGCAUUUCUAUAAUGGGGCAGAAGUUCACCAGUGACAACCGCCUGGAAGAAUAUAUGCAGAGCCCUUCUGCAAAGCUCCAGUUCCAUGGACAAGGGACGUUCUGGUUGUCAAAUGCUAGAUGCCCAGACAAAUCAGGCUGUGAAUGUGGAAACACUGCAGACCAUGACAGAAUCUGUGCAGCCUUGCUCCAGAAUUCUGGGAAUCAAUGUCCCGUGGCUACAUGCAAGGAUCCACUGAAGCCAGUCGGUCAUUGUUGUGAAAUAUGUGGAGCCACCGUUUCCUUGGAAUACUCUUCUAAUUUUGACAUAGAGCUAUAUCGGGACAGAAUACUCCAUACUUUUCUGACUUUGCCCAAGAAUGCAGGUAUUCAGAUGGCCAUAUCGAAGGUGAAUGCACCACAAGGGUUCCUGGGAAAUGCACCACGCAGCUCAGUCUCAUUCAUCCAGAUUGUACUCCUUGACAACAGGACAGGGUCACAGAUUGGGACGCAUGCUGAGCAGCUGGCUAAGGACAUCAUGGGAGAUAUAGCAGAACAUGGGCAAUCCUUUGGCAUUGUGACUGGCAACUUGAAAGCAGCAACUGGCAAUACCUGGGAUGCUCAAAGGACAGAUGGCCACACCAGUGCUACGAUCGCUGCGACAGUUGUUGGUGUCAUCCUUCUCCUUUCACUGAUGGGAACUGUUCUGCUUCUUUACAGAAAGGGGAUAUUAAGAUGUCGAUCCACCUUGCAUGCUAGCUUCCCUUGGCACCGCCAAUGGGACGUAGAGCCUUCAGAAGACUCAAAUGACAGAGGAUUUGAUAAUCCCAUGUUUGACACUCCAUCCACCCCAGAAGCUUUAGCGGUUGUGUGUUCUGUGGAGGAGACACUGGAGAAGAUGGGAAGCAAAAAUAGCGAACUUUAUUACAUUAAUCCCUUAUACGAUGAAACAGAACUUAGUGCUUAAAAUCAAAGCUGUCAUUCUGGCUAAGUCUCCAUCAGCUGUAUUUCACAUGCUGUUUCCUAUCAGUAGCUCAAGCUUCCAGAUUUGGACCAUAAAAUCAAGCUCAUGCAGAGAGACCAUUCAUUUCAGUGGCGAUUGCGCAAAGAGGCUUCCCAAUGCAUCACACCCAAUUCUUUUUGGAAAAAUGUCUUGUCUUAAAUGAUAAGUUAAUUGUAUAAUGGCAGUCUAGCCAAGUACAGUA